UCUUACAAGAAGUAGAUCAAAGCCCAAUUGUCUCUUUGAUUUCUCUACUUGUUCUAAAAGAUGUAGUUUACUUGCUACUUGCAGAUCCUUAUGAAGACAUGACAUUGUCUGUCAUAUAUAGAAUCUAAACUCAAACAAGCUAUGUGGUAAGUACUUACCAAUGGCUUCCACCAGCAUUCAAACUGUCCCAUCCUCUUUUACCUCUGCUUUUUCUAAACCCCAACUGGAAUAUGACGUUUUCCUCAGUUUUAGAGGAGAAGACACCCGUUAUAAGUUUACCGACCAUCUAUAUCAUGCUUUGGAUGGUAAAAAGAUUAUUACCUUCAGGGAUGAUAAAGAACUUGAGAUGGGAAAGCCCAUUUCGCUGGAACUCUUGGAAGCAAUCAAGAAAUCGAGGAUUGCGGUCAUCAUUUUCUCUGAAAAUUAUGCAUCUUCCACGUGGUGCUUGGAAGAACUUACAAAGAUUGAUGAAUGCAGGGAUAGAGGGAUAUUGACAGUGUUGCCCAUUUUCUACCAUGUGGAACCUACUGACGUGCGGCAUCAGAAGAACACUUUUGCGGAGGCCUUUGCAAAACAUGAAAAGCGUUUCGAGGAGAACCCAAAAAAGGUGCAGAAGUGGAGAGCUGCUUUAACAAAUGUGGCCAAUCUCUCCGGAAAGCGUUUAAAGGAUGGGUAA